AUGGCAGACAACCAUCCCAGUCCAACAGGCUCUCAAGCAUACGAUACUAUCCUUCGUUGGAUCGGCUUGCAAGCUGUUCCCUCUCGUAAAAAGCCAGAGACGGCCGAAGAUGCACCUCAAGCAUCAAGCUCAAAUCAGCAAACUGCACCUAAACCAAGCAAUGCCAUCUCACCAGGCGAAAACCCUUGGUAUCCCUUACCAGGCCCCCCAACCACCGACGAAGAAAAAGACAUUCUAAAACAAGCCAUACAGCAAGAGCUAGACCAACUACAGGCUGUAGCUCGUGAACGAGACCAGAAAUCCAAAGAUAUGGAAACGUAUGCUGCAUCCAAUUGUGCUGAUCUACGAUGGAUGUAUCAGAAUUGUUUGUCGAAUGGGACGCUUAUGGAACGGUCGUCGUUUUGUCAGGUGCAGAAGAAUGCGUGGAGGGAGUGUCUCUCUGUACAGAAGAAAUAUAUGGCACAGUUAGGGUAUUAUUCGAUACCUGCUACCAAGGAGUACGCUGAUGCGCGACAAGUUAUUGCUGAUAAAGCUGAUGAUUUGUAUUUGAAGGCUGCUAAGGCUAGAAAGGAAGAGGAGGCUGCUGCCGCGGCUUUAGCAGAUGCUGCUAAAUAG